UGUUCAGCGCUCCGCUAGUAAAGAGUUCCUGAAUCUACUGGUCCUACGAACCACGCAGUUGAAAAUGUCUGACGCCGCUGUAGCCGUUGCGCCGAAGGCGACCCCCAAGAAGGUGAAGGCUGUCAAGGCGAAGCCCGCCAAGACCUCCAGCCACCCCUCCUACCAGGACAUGAUCAAGGAGGCCAUCGAGACCCUGAAGGAACGCAACGGAUCUUCUCGUCAAGCGAUCCAGAAGUACCUCCAGGCUCACUUCAAGACCUGCGACGACAAGGUUUCCCAGGCUCGUCUCAAGCUCGCGCUCAAACGUGGAGCCGAUAACGGUGCCCUCAAGCGAGUGAAGGGAGCCGGCGCGUCAGGCUCUUUCCGCAUCAACGUCGAUGCCAAGAAGCCCGUUGUCAAGAAGCCGAAAGCCAAAGCGGCCACCGCCGCCAAGCCUAAAGCCGCAGGAGUGAAGAAGGUCAAAGCUGCCAAGCCGAAGUCGGUGAAGGCCAAGACCGCUGUCAAGCCCAAGAAGACCGUCGCUGAGAAGAAGGCCACCGCGAAACCUAAGGUGGCCAAGAAGCCCGCUACCCCCAAGAAGGUCGCCAAGCCCGCCGUCAAGAAGGCCGCUACCCCGAAGGCGAAGAAACCUGCAGCGAAGAAAGCAGUGGCGAAGAAGUAAAGGCCUCUAAUCACGCAACUUCAUCGUAUCACCAUCAUCAGCUGAUCAGCUUUUCUCUCUGGUAGGAGUAGCAGCAAACGCAAGCUAGCGUUAGAUCUCUGAGCUGUCUACGAAGCUGAUUCCUUCGACAAGUCAUCCCGGUUAGAGACGAGGGUGUCGCCGCAGCGAUAAAUUUCUCAUCACCUCACGCCUUCCGCCCCUGGCGGUCGAUUCGAACGAACUUCGUUUGGGAUGUUCUUCCGACCGUCAGAAACCAUCGAAUCAUCGUCAAGCAUUCAUUGUUCAUCCAUCGCUCGUCGAGAUUUUGUCUUGACGUCAUCGCAUUGUCGAUCUCAUUUCAUUAUCCUCAUCGAUCUGGAUCAAUCGCGGCCCCCGAGUCUCCGUCGCUUUGUGUAAAUAGAUUGUAUAUUUAUUCGGUUUUUCAUAAGUUAAUGAGCCAGAAAUGAAAUAAAUGCGAGAUUGCAAGCCGGAGUUUGCAAUCCACUCGAACA